GAGUGAGAGGAGGGAAAAACAACAUCCUUGGUCCAAACUCCAAAAAUUGUUUAUGUUUACAUUUUGAUUUCUAUGACGCAGAGAACGCAACAGAGUCACUUUGACUGUGAGUGAUGGCGCUUCUUCUCUUUGUUCUGCGCCCAGCUCCUCCUCCUCCUCCUCGUACUCUUCGUUUCUUCAUGGCUUCCUCUCGCUUAUUCUCCGCAUCUUCUCCUCACUUCCAUCCACUUCCCCAUUCUUCUGCUACUCUCUCUUCGUCUUUCUCUCUUUCCACCUCUCACUCUUCACUCUUCAAACCCAGGGUGAGUUUGCAGCUGGGAAAGUUGCCUAGUUUCCGUUUGGUGCAAAAUGGUGUCACACCAAGGGCGUAUAUGUCUUCACUCUCAGCAGCUGAAACUUCUCAGAAGAGUGAAAGUUCAAAAGCUUAUGGUUCUGAUCAAAUUCAGGUACUUGAAGGCUUGGAUCCUGUUAGGAAAAGACCUGGAAUGUAUAUUGGAAGCACUGGCCCGCGUGGGUUGCACCAUUUGGUUUAUGAAAUUUUGGAUAAUGCUGUUGACGAGGCUCAAGCUGGAUUUGCUUCCAAGAUUGAUGUUGUUUUACAAUCGGAUGGUUCUGUAAGCAUAACUGACGAUGGUCGUGGGAUUCCUACCGACUUACAUCCAGUUACAAAAAAAUCGGCUUUGGAGACAGUGUUGACGGUCUUGCAUGCUGGUGGAAAAUUUGGCGGGGCCAACAGUGGGUACUCUGUUUCAGGAGGUUUACAUGGUGUUGGUUUAUCGGUUGUCAAUGCCUUGUCUGAGGCGUUAGAGGUAACAGUUUGGCGUGAUGGAUUAGAAUACAAGCAAAAGUAUUCUCGUGGAAAGCCAAUAACAACUCUGACAUGCCUUGUGCUUUCAGAUGAAAAGAAAGAUCGUCAGGGAACAUCUAUAAGAUUUUGGCCUGACAAAGAAGUAUUCACCACUGCUAUUCAGUUUGACUACAACACAAUAGCUGGGCGCAUUAGGGAGUUGGCCUUCCUCAACCCAAAGCUUACUAUCACACUUCAGAAAGAAGAUGAUGAUCCAGAAAAGAUCCAAUAUAAUGAAUAUUUCUUUGCUGGAGGUUUGGUUGAAUAUGUGAAAUGGCUUAACACUGAUAAGAAAGCUCUUCACGAUGUUCUGAGUUUUAGCAAACAAACAGAUGGAAUCAGUAUUGAUAUAGCUUUUCAAUGGUGUGAAGAUGCAUAUUCAGACACUAUAUUGGGAUAUGCAAAUAGUAUACGCACUAUUGAUGGUGGCACCCAUAUCGAUGGUAUGAAGGCUUCUUUAACUAGAACACUUAAUAGUCUUGGAAAGAAAUCAAAAGUUAUCAAGGAUAAGGAUAUUACUUUAAGUGGUGAGCAUGUGAGAGAGGGUCUAACAUGUGUUGUCUCAGUGAAGGUCCCAAAUCCAGAGUUUGAAGGACAAACAAAGACAAGAUUGGGAAAUCCUGAGGUGCGGAAAGUGGUUGAUCAAGCUAUGCAAGAGUAUCUCUCGGAGCAUUUGGAGUUGCAUCCAGAUGUUCUUGAUUCCAUACUUUCUAAAGCUGUUAAUGCUUUCAAGGCAGCUCUUGCAGCAAAAAGAGCUAGAGAAUUGGUGAGACAGAAGAGUGUAUUAAGAUCUUCAUCUCUUCCUGGAAAGCUUGCUGAUUGUUCAUCCACAAAUCCUGAAGAAUGUGAAAUAUUCAUAGUUGAAGGUGAUUCAGCUGGAGGAAGUGCUAAGCAAGGGCGUGACAGGCGAUUCCAGGCCAUUCUACCUCUAAGAGGUAAGAUUCUGAAUAUUGAAAGGAGGGAUGAAGCUGCAAUGUACAAAAAUGAAGAGAUCCAAAAUCUAAUUCUCGGUCUUGGCCUUGGAGUGAAGGGAGAAGAUUUCAAGAUGGAAGCACUCCGAUAUCAUAAGAUCAUUAUAUUGACUGAUGCUGAUGUAGAUGGUGCUCACAUUCGAACGCUACUACUAACAUUUUUCUUUAGAUAUCAGAGAGCUUUGUUUGAUGAAGGGUGUAUAUAUGUUGGUGUCCCACCACUGUAUAAGGUUGUAAGGGGAAAACAAGUAAACUACUGCUAUGAUGAUGCAGACCUUAAAAAACUUCGGAAAACAUUUCCUCCAAAUGCAUCAUACACCAUUCAAAGGUUCAAAGGGCUGGGAGAGAUGAUGCCUUUGCAAUUAUGGGAGACAACCAUGGAUCCAGAACGCAGGCUAUUGAAGCGAUUAACGGUUGAGGACGCAGCUGAAGCGAAUAUUGUUUUUUCAUCUCUUAUGGGUACUCGGGUGGAUGUUCGGAAGGAUCUGAUAAGAAAUUCCGCAAACACGAUUGAUUUUGAUCAGCUAGAUAUUUGAUGGUGCAACUUAUUGUGAAGCUGAAUGUUUUCCUUAGUAACCAUAACACAGAUAUUUUCAUAUAUGCCAUGGAAUGCAGAGAAGCAAGCAAGGCCCCCAUUUUUGUUGAUGUCAUUUGGUUAUGAAAGAACUACUGUUGUGCACAAGGGGAAUGGUCAUUUGUAAUGGAGGAAUUUGAUUUAUACCAAAAUGACUUCUCUUUUUUUCAUUUUU